CUAAUCUCCAAAUCUUAAUCCUGGGGAAAUCUGACCUGGGAUUCUGAAUGGCAUUACUCUCCUGGUUUCACUUUUCCCAGUAGCUCCUCCUCACAGCCUCCCUGUCCUUCCUCUGUGCUUAUGUCCUUCAGGCAAUCCUGCAGGCUAUGGAACUGCUGCUGAGAAGAAACUAUGUCCCUCAAAGGUCUUUCUACAUCUCCCUAGGACAUGAUGAAGCGGUAUCUGGGAAACACGGAGCAGAGAAAAUUGUAGCCCUACUGGAGUCACUCGCUGUCCAGCUGUCCUUUAUUAUAGACGAAGGAGGCUCUAUCAGGGAUGGUUCUUUGUUUGGUGUCUAUAAACCCUUUGCAGUGAUUUCAGUGUCAGAGAAAGAUGGCAUGAACCUCAGGUUACAGGUAGAAUCUGCUCCAGGCCAUUCAUCGGCCCCACCAAAGGAGACAAGCAUUGGCAUCCUCGCAGCAGCUGUCAGCCGGCUACAACAAACACCAAUGCCUAAUAUGUUUGGAUAUGGGACUGAGAAGAGUAUGUUAGAGCAGCUUGCAGGACAGUUUGGCUUCCCACUGAAUGUAAUCCUAACCAACCUGUGGAUAUUUGGACCCAUCAUGAGCAGAGUACUUGAGAAAAGUCCCAUCAGUAGUGCAAUGCUCCGAACCACUGCAGCACUCACCAUGUUCAAUGCAGGGAUCAAGAUGAACGUCAUCCCCCCGACUGCCCAGGCAACAGUCAAUCUUCGGAUCCAUCCUGGCCAGACCAUCUCUGAGGAAUGUGUAUUGCCAACACCGAUAUCCGACACUACACUAACAUCUCCACAGGCCUCUAUCGAUUUAAUCCUGUCUCUCUCUCUGAAGAGAGCUUCAAGAGUUUUCAUGGCUUAAAUGAAAGGAUCUCCAUCCCAGCCUAUGAGAACCAGGUGACAUUUCUGUUUGAAUUGAUCCAGAAUGCAGAUACUGAAAAGG